GUGCCCCGCGUCGUCCUGGGCUUCCUCACCGGGUGCUGCGCCUGUGCCCUGCUGCGGCCGCCCCCGGUCUGGCGCGCGCCGCUGGGCCCCGGCGCGUGCGCCGAGGAGCCGCUCCGCGAGGCGCAGGCAGACGACGUUGGCGCCCUUGCGGGGGCGCCGCUGCCGGAGCCCUCGGCGCCGCACGUCGCGGGCCCUGGAGACGGGCGCUCCGGCCGAGGCCAGCGACGACCGAGAAGCUCCGCCCUCUGCGCUCAAGUGGCUGGACGGCGACCUCCACUUCCUGACGGCUGCACCAUGCUGGCGCUCUCGCUCC